CCAAAACAUCCUUCUCAUAAGAGAAUGUGGAGUGGAGUGGAGUGACUAUAUCACAUGUACUCAUAGCCAUGUGUUUGUUUCCUCUUGCACUUGGUGGAUAUUGGGCUUAUGGAAACAAGGUACCUUUCAAAAAUGCACAAGUGGUGAAAGCAGUUUCUCAAUUCCAUGGAAAAAACAUCUCAGAAUUUGUUCUGGGACUACUUUGCAUACUGGUACUGAUAAAUUGCGUAGCUACAUUCCAAAUCUAUGUCAUGGUAGUUUUUGACAACAUGGAGAUGAAGUACACCAGUAAGAAGAAGGAACCGUGCCCGAGAUGGCUUCGGAUAGUUUUUCGCCUUUUCUUUGGAGGACUCGCAUUCUUUGUGGCAGUGGCCUUGCCAUUCCUGGGAGACCUAUCACCCCUAAUUGGAGCAGUUACAUCGGUGCCUUUGACAUAUGUUUAUCCAUGUUUUAUGUGGAUUUCUAUCAAGAAACCAAAGCCAAAAGGUGUCAUUUGGUGUACUAAUAUGGGACUCGGAUGCUUGGGAAUGGUUUUGAGUGUUCUUUUUGUUGUUGCAGCAGCUUGGAAUUUGGCUGACAAAGGUUUGGUUGCCAACUUCUUCAAGCCGUAAUUGUUAAGACAACCACCGGAACCUAAAAGAUUUUUGUUGCGGAGGGGACAGAGAAAAACAUAUAGAUGCAAUCAGCACCCUGGAACUUAUAAGUUAUCCCAGAAGUGAUAAAUGUGGAUUGGAAAUUUGGAAGUUUCGAGCUCAAGAUCACCUACGACCAGAACUUCGAUGCCGUAGCAGACAAUCACUGGACCCUGAAACUUCAAGUUAUUAGUGACUGGCAAAGUAUACUAUAUACAAGCUAACAAUGAUGAAUUAAUCCCAAAAUAAACAGAAAAAUUUAUUGAAACUGAGAAACUCAUGUAACAGGAUGAAUGAGGACUCAUCAAUUUUGCUACAUUGAGAAACUCAA